CAGGGAAUCAUUAGCAGAGUGACAGAAUCAGUGAAGAACAUUGUACCAGGGUGGUUACAGAAGUAUUUCAAUAAAAGUGAAGAUGAAUGUGUAGAUACAAAUGAAUCUGCAAACCAGGAAGAGAGUCCAGUAAACUAUCACCAUGAUUAUGCAAAUGAAGAUGCUGUAGUGAUUGAUGGGAGAGUCAUGCCUGAAUCAGCAAGAAUUAAUUUAGAAGAACCAUCUACGAGUAGAUCUGCACUGAACUUCUCAGAUGUGCUAACGAGGCCCUCUCUUCACCGGAGCCAUUUGAACUGUACCAUGUUGGAUUCCACAGUACCACAUUGCCAGCCCUCCACGUCAGCUUCGCUGGGCAUUGGCAGUCCUGGACUGUCUCUUGUAAAAGAAAUAAAAGAUUCUACCUCUCAGCAUGACGAUGAUAACAUCUCAACAACCAGUGGCUUCUCCUCUAGAGCAUCUGACAAAGAUAUCACAGUUUCAAAAAAUACUUCGGCACCACUGCUCUGGUCUGCAGAGGCUGAAAGAUCUCAUUCCCUCUCACAGCAUCCUGCAGCUAGCUCUAAAAAACCUGCAUUCAACUUAUCUGCUUUUGGAUCUCCCUCUUCUUCUCUUGGAAACAUUUCUGUCUUCAAGACAAGCCAGCUUGGGGAUUCUCCAUUUUACCCUGGAAAGACCACUUAUGGUGGUGCAGCUGCAGCAGCAAGGGAAACAAAAGCACGAAUUGCUCCUUAUCAGCCACCGGUAAGAAGACAAAUGAAAGCUAAACAAGCAAGCGUGCAGUCCUACGGCGUGACGAGCUCCACAGCACGCCGCAUCUUGCAGUCCUUGGAGAAGAUGUCCAGUCCUUUGGCGGAUGCUAAAAGGAUUCCAUCUUCGGUGUCUAGUCCACUGUCUUCUCCUGUGGACAGGAGCAUGCUGAAUAUUUCCAGCUUCCAACCUAAACAAAAACAG